AUGCUCAUCGAGAAGAUUCUGAUUAUCUUGGGAGCUAAGCUCGUCGCUGGCUCUGCAGUUGGGACGUCUCCACAGGUGGUUGACCUCGACGCAGAGCUCCUGCGAGGCAACGGCUGCGCCGCUGCCGGCGUUGUCAACGGACAGUGUGGCCGUUACUAUCGGGCGACCGGCUGUAAAGACCAGAUUGGAGCAGUUGGCCCUGGGAAGUGCAGCAGAACUUGCUACAAAUCCUCCGAUGGAAUCCUCAGCGUCCGCGCGGUUGGCGAUGGUACCUAUGGCGUAAACUGUCAUCUUUUCUAUGAUUACAACUGCCAGGAAAAGAUUGGUGAGACCGGAAACGCGGUACUUGGUGGCGGGAAGUGCUAUACGCCGUCGCAGGGCACGUCUGGUCACAGUUUCUUGUGCUGGUACAAGUGCUAA